AUGCUGACCAAGAACCCAGAGGACUACUUGGAUUCCAAGGGUCAGCCGCAUGUACUUGUUGCCUUGCGGCACAAUUCUAACCUUUCAGCUCAGACCUCCGGCCUCGGUGGUCGUCGACUUAGAGGUGAGUUGAAUAAUGACAAGUCUGCUGAAAUAGAUAACUCCGGGGCUCUUCAUGUGGAUGUGACCUACUAUCUGGCUCACCAAAUUCAUCCUGUGAUUUCACGGCUCUGUGCUCCUGUCGAAGGCACAUCACCAGCACAGAUUGCGCAUUGUCUAACUCUUGAUCCAUCUGUCUAUCAAAGCUCUGCAUCUUCGGUUGUCUAUGGUGCUGAAGACGACAUCGAAUCAGAAGCAAUACUGCUUUAA